GGGACCUCAGCUUUGCUCAUCUCUCGGCCCGGCUGGGCGCCUGGAACAAGGCAGGUGCCUUGGAGGCUCCCGGCCGCUUGUGAUCUCCGUUUCGAGCGCCAAUUUGCACUCAGCUCCUCAGCCAAGAGAGCCCCGGGAACAACAGAGAGGCGGGUGACGGGACAGGGAGGCCGAAGGUCCUCUUCCACCCCUGCGGCGCUCCGUGGGUCCCUGGGUUGUCCACAGCACCUCUGCGCCUCGGUGACGGGAGGUGCCGAGCAAGGCUUCUCAAGCACUUUAUUCCCAGGUGUCCGGAAUCCGGGUCCUUCAAGUGUGCUCCCCAAGGGCAGAGGCGUGUCUACACCUGGCCAGACUUACAGCCGAUCCUUCUGAUGAAAAGAGAAAGGAAGAAUGGACUACAGCAGCCAAACGGCCCUGGUCCCUUGCGGACAAGAUAAAUACAUUUCCAAGAAUGAACUCCUCCUGCACCUGAAGACCUACAACUUGUACUACGAAGGCCAGAAUUUGCAGCUGCGGCACCGAGAGGAGGAAGACGAAUUCAUCGUGGAGGGGCUGCUGAACAUCUCCUGGGGGCUGCGCCGGCCUAUCCGUCUGCAGAUGCAGGAUGACAAUGAGCGUAUCCGCCCCCCGCCCUCCUCCUCUUCCUGGCACUCCGGCUGCAACCUGGGGGCUCAGGGUACCAUCCUGAAGCCCCUCACCAUACCUAACAUCCAGAUCUCAGAUGCGGACGAGCCGCCCGAGAGUGACCAGACGCUGAGCCCCACAGGUAGCUAUGCGAGAGGGUGGCGGGGAACCUUUGGUUUGGGACUGUGUGAAGAUAGAUGUGUGAAGUAUUGUGAAAUAUUUUUUGAAAAAACAAAAUUCACAUGGUUCAAGAUUCAGAAGGUAUUAACAAGAAAAAAUUCAAAGUCUCUCACCUCAUUCACCCACCAUUGGGUUUCUAGAGUGCCUCCUUCCCAAGAUACUCUCUGCAAAUACAUGCAAAUACACACCAAUGUAUCUUUUUUUUUAAAAAAUGAAAUUUUAUUGUGUUUUACGUCGGUGUUCACUCCAGCCUAUGGCUCCGUCACCAACGUCCGCAUCAAUAGCACCAUGACCACCCCUCAGGUCCUGAAGCUGCUGCUCAACAAAUUUAAGAUUGAGAAUUCCCCGGAGGAGUUCGCUUUGUACGUUGUCCAUACCAGCGGUGAGAAACAGAAGCUGAAGAACACCGACUACCCUCUGAUUGCCCGAAUCCUCCAGGGCCCGUGUGAGCAGGUCUCCAAAGUGUUCCUCAUGGAGAAGGACCAGGUGGAGGAAGUCACCUAUGACGUGGCCCAGUAUAUAAAGUUCGAGAUGCCUGUCCUUAAAAGCUUCAUUCAGAAGCUCCAAGAGGAGGAAGAUCGGGAAGUAAAGAAGCUAAUGCGCAAGUACACCGUACUCCGGCUAAUGAUUCGUCAGCGGCUGGAGGAGAUAGCCGAGACCCCAGAAACAAUGUGAGCCAUAAGAACGAGGGAAUCCAGACCCCACAGGGACCUCCAUGUACAUGAGAAGACCCACAGGAAGCCAGAAGCUUUCUUUCCACUGAAAUGUUGAAAUGCAAACUUCUCCAGCUCCCUCCAAGCCCCGAUUUGCUACCUGGAGCAGGAUGGAGCAGUCAGCAGACAAAUCCCUAUCCUUGGAUCCCCAGUCUCUUUUCUUUUACUCACAGGGUUUUUGAUUUUUGUUCUAGGGAGGACCCAGUGUGCAUCUAUGUGUGUGUGUCCACAGACAUGUGCCUACCUGAUAAUUUUCACAUGCAAUUACAGUCCAAGCAGCCAGCGCAGGUGCCGUGAGGCUGGCGGAUGUGCUGCUUGUGGGCAGGAAAGGGGUUCCUGACCUGAGGGGAUUUAGGCUGAAGAGUUUUCUCACCUCAAGUGCUGGGGAGCAGCCACACAUUUCUGCCCAUGUUUAGAAGGGGAAAGGGGCUCAGCAAGCUUAGGUGGGGUCACUCACCAUUUAGGAUAUUUAUAUGCUAGUAGAGAUUCUCCCUGUAUGCUUAGAAGGAUCACUGAAUGUGAGAUCCUUGGAAAUUAAUAACAUAACAGCCACAUACACUUGGGGCAGGUUUAAUGAAAGAAGAAGAGAAACCAUUGGUGGGGUAGUUGCAAUAAGUCCACAAUUUCUUACACUGGAAACUGCUCAUGUUAAAUAAUGACACUAUAUGGAAUGUUCUCUGUGGAUGCUUGUAAAGAAGAAUCUGCCUCCAUCCUUGUCCCCAUGGCCACCUCUAGAAGACAGGAGGUAUCCUGAGCAUUUCUCUCUGCAUGUCAAGCCGUCAACCGCAUUGCUUUGAUGCUUCCUGAAGCUGAAGGGAAGGUCUUGUGAAGUCAAGGUCUGACUGAUUUGCUCAUGGCACUGACUGGGUAGCGUGGCCAGAACCCAGCCUUGCUCUGAGGUAGUGGCCAGGAAGUUUCCGCAUUCCCUCCUUAGGGCUAAAAGGAAGUGUGGAGGCUUGUGGCAGAAAUGACAGGUGCCUGCGAGCCCAGCCCAUCUUCACAUCAUCUAGGAUCUUCUGCUCUUGAGCUGUGGCCAUGUUUGAAGUGAAGACUUUAUUCUUUCCAACCUCUGGAUUCUUGCAACUCACCCUCCCCCUUGUGCGUGGAGAUGGACUUCGAGAAUAAGGACCUGUCCUGCUACUGACUGAAUGUGGCAGAAGGGGGUGUUCUUUGGGCUUCCCUGUAAAGAUGUAUAGAGAGGGACAGAGCAGACACCACUGGGAAGAUAAGGCAGGAACAGAGUCUGUCCCCUAUGGCCCCGGUCAGGGAGCUUGCCACAUAGCCGUAGGCCAGUGUGGCUGAUAUAAUUUGAGGAAGGACUGAGAGAUACUUGGAGCAGGGGGCCUGGCUGUUGAGGUCAACCCAGCAAGACUAGGAGCUCCUAGCAGCAGGCAGCUCUGAGCAGCGUGAAGGUGGGAGCACCCCUCAUCUCCCCCACCUCCUCUUCAAGGAGGGAUAGGAGGGCCGGGCAGUUGAGGGAUGGAGAGCCACUGGUCAGUGCUUUAAAGGAGUUGGGCCUUUGCAGCAGAGCCGCUCCUUCCCUGGACACCCUCCUGCCCUCCCCUGUGAACUUCUCCAUGGCCUCUUUGGAAAGCUCAUAGCCGUGGUCUCAUUGUUGACUUUGAAAAUGGUGGCGUGCCGCCACCUGACAUUUUGCCAGGGCUUUCUUAGCUGACCUACCUCCUCCAAGGGGAUAGCACCAUUGGCCCUGUGGGAUGUGGAGUGGAAACCCAGAGGUGAUUGGUCUCAGUCAUACACCUCAGAGGGCUUCUGCCAAGUGCACAGAAUUAGGCCAAACAAACAAAAAAUAAAGGGGAUGAGGACAGCUUCCCAAGUUACAGAUGGGAAAGGGCAGUUUUGGGAAUGCAAACCCAACUCCUGAGUUUUGCAUUUCAGAAAAUGACUUGGAGAAUUUCUCUCCCAGUUAUUUUAUUGGGCGUCUGUUUCUGGUUUAUAAAAAUCCUCUGUAAUUUGCACUAACACUGUGAUGGUGUUAAAUAUGGAAAUGUUGCAACAUGUCAAGUCUGCCAGGUCACUUUCCGAGAAAGUGUUACUAAGGUAGACUUGCUUUUUAAGGAUGGAGGACCAGGGUGUGGACGUGAAGGCAAAUCACUCCUUACACAACACGCUUCCACCUAAUUCAGGCCACUCCUUUCCAUUUCAACCUGCCCUGUUUAGAGAUCAUUUCUCACGUGCUAAUACCCUGAUCAGGAAUUCUGGAAGGGUUCUCUUAAAUAGCAGCAGAUGAAACAGAGACGCUUCAUCUCUGCGUGGAGCCAGUUUUUCUCACUGGUAUCACAUGGCCUUGCAGUUUUGAACGCCAACCGAUUUGUGGGGGUUUAUGUAAUUAUGUUCAAUGGACCUGAAAUCGUGACCAGCACAAAAGGCCAGUUUAUAGGGUUUUCCCUAACUCGUGAAAACAGACUAGCCUCAUCUGGCUUUCUUUUUCCAGAGACUUAUGUUACAAGGUUGGUGAUCAAAUGAAGGAAACUCGAGUCCACCUGGCUGGCAAGGGGCUCAGUCUCCCUGGGUGAUGGUGGAAUUAAGCACAAGGUCACGUUCACGGGAUCACAUUAGUGAGAAGGUUAUAUUGAGUGAAGAAGGGGGUGGGGGAAAGGGUAGCUGGGUGAGAAAUUAAAAAGCACAAACUAGACAUGUCCUUGCCUGCUUGGUCUAGAGUCUUGUCCGCGAUGGUCCCCAGGCUGGAUGAACUUUGAGUUGAAGUUGAGGCGAGAGGAUCUCAGGAGAUUAGCUGCCCACCCGAGUGAAAUGUGCCUGGAUUUGAAGUCGAGAUUUUGGUCUGAGACUUGCUGAUGCUUCAAGGAGAGAGAUUUUCACCCUUCCCUCUUCCUACAAGGAGCCUUGGUGGCACAGUGGUUAAAGCAAUCGACUGCUAACUGAAAGAUUUGCAGUUCAAAACCACCAGCUGCUCCGUGGGAGAAAUAUGUGGCAGUCUGCUUCGGUAGAGAUUUACAGCCUUGGAAGACCAAUGGGAUUGCUAUGAGUCUGAAUCGACUCGACGGCCAUGAGUUGGGUUUGGUCUCCUUCCUACUAAAAAGAAACCAAUAUUCUGGCCUAGAAAUCUUCAGAUAAUGAUGUUUUAUCAUCAGUGUAGAUAAAACUUUGGCAUAAAAUUACAAAAAGAAACUGUUCCCAGUGCAAAAACAUCUUGGCAAUAAUUCUUUCCUGUGGAGUUGAGUGGUUAUUUCAGGGCAUUACAGGGGAGAAGGAGAAAUAGGCCAGAAGAGCAACAAGCUCUCCUGAGAAAAGAGAAGCUCUCCUAAAAAAUUUAAAUAAGUAAAAAAAACAGAAUUUUCGUUCAGAAAAAUAAAAAAAGAAUUUUCUUUCAGCACUCCAUAGCAUGGAGAACAUGGUGUCAUAGAUCUCAGAAAUUUCUGGAUGAACAAGGGAAUUUCAGUGUCUCAUGGUGGCCAAACCGUGACAUGGAGGGUAGAGAUAGGAGACAGGAGAGAUCACCUUGAACUUCGCUGAUGUGGCAGUAAGCAUGUUCAAGUCUCUGUUUAAAUUGUUUUACACAAAGCCUUCCUUGAGUCAGAUGAGAUGAAAAAUUACCUCCUACAGAGGUAAAAAUAAAAAUGAAUGUGGCGCCUCUUUCAGAUGUGGCAGUGUUUGCCCUGUCAUGGAAGGUUAAAGCAUUCCUUGUGUUUUAACCAUGCGUAAGAGACAGACAAGCUGUGAAGGGAAAGCCCUCCAUUUGCCCUUAGACCCCUGAAGGUCGCCAGCCAGGCUGCAGGCAGACGUGUUUCCUGGGCUGAUGGUUUCUGGGUGUAAUUCUAGUGUUUCUUAAGGGUUUCCCCACUUAACUUUAGCUUUGUGAAGUGUUCUUUUCUUAACCAUUACUAGUCUUUCAGCAAUGGUACAUGACCUGGUUUAAUGUUUGGUUCUGAACUUCUAAACGAUGCUUUUAGGCAUCUUACCAUAAUUUGACAAGGUCUCAAUAGGGAGCCAUAAAUUUUUGUAAUAUUUUGGUAUGUUUUAAUGCACAUGUCUUAGACGUAAUUGAAAUAAAACACUCUUCAGAGAGAA